AUGAUCCUAGACAUGCAGCUCACCAUCUUCACCAACAAGCUGGGCAUGUCUUUCUUCUUGGUUGUCAUUCUCAAUCAUUGUGUGGCUGUCAGCAAUCCCAAGAGCUGUUCACGGGCUACUCCUGCUUAG